AUGGUCAUCGGCCUCUUAGCCCUCACAUCGAUCCCGACUGUCACGGGCGUGGCGUUCGGGGUCAGCGAGCAGCGCAAAUCGAACCAGCGCAAGGAAGAUGCGAGGCGACUGGCCAAAUUCAACAUUGACGUCGAAUGUGACGGCGAGACAGAUGAUGAUCGGGACGUCAAUGGGCGAAGACUAGUCGUACGGAAUGACAAGAUCUACCUGGACCAUCCCAACCCCACAGACCGUUCAAUUCCUGCCUUCACAGCCCUCGCCUUCUACAUUGAAUACCCGGAACUCGACGAAACCAAGCACCUCGACCGGGGGCUCGGCCUGCCCACCUACGUGUCCGCCAACCCACCCCUGCUCAACUGGAUCUUCGCCGAUGAGAAUACCCAUGAGCUGAAGUAUGGGAAUCGUACGCAGAGCGUGGCACAUAUUGUCGGGCCAUGGGACUGGACGGAGGAUGAACGGGUGAUUACCCUUGAGGGGAGUAAGAACUUUGUGGCGGUCGAAGAGAGUGAAGGGGAGUGGGCGCUGUAUUUUGAUGGCGAUGGGGACGAAUGUGGCGCUAUAUUGGAGGAACAGGGGAAGCUUGAUUGCGCAUUUGUGCCUGUCCGGAUGGUGAGGAGGCCGGCGGAGGAGCCGCCGCCUCCACCGCAGCAGAGUUCCGGCCAGGCUGAAGGUGAAGGUCAGGGGAAAUCGGGGUGA